AUGCGUGUAUGCGGCAGUCAUCACACGCCGCAGACAAGCGUGUUUGAAUCUGAGGCGGCGCUGUCCACAGCAAAGCGAUCGCGGCGCCGCUUAACACCCGUCCGAGCACCUCCCCCCCUUACUCCAUCGCCAGGCACUGACGCUGCCCGCGACGGCGCGUCUUUGACCAUCAGGGAUGCAGGGUGGUCAGCCAUUGCGAAUCUCUUGCCAGAGGAUGGCACCCCACUUUCGAUCGCUGUGCUGCGUGCAUCGCUACCGGAGUCGAUUGCGCAAGAGCUGUCCACUAGCCAAGUGGGUCUGGCUCGGUGCUUCAAGCAGAACUACGCCACGGCCAGUCGUUAUGUGGCUCUCACGACGGAUGCAACGGCGCUAGUUCGAGCUGUGGUGCCGCACGGGAAGAGCUCCGCAGUCGCCUCGGUUUCAUUGUGGUCGCCGGAGCACCAACAUGCAGCUUUCACCAACUGCAAGGAGUCUUCGGUGGUGGCCUUUUCCUCUGCCGUGUCCGACGUUGCUGAUGGCUCGUACGUCCCUCCGCCGGCGGACUACGACGCAUCGCUAGAUGCAGAGCCUUGGCUGGUAACGAUUUCGCUAGACGAGGGCGAGGAGACAAGGUCGGAGGGGGAGCAUUUUGAGUCAGGCGAUGUGGAGGAAGGAGAGCUGGAGCCCAGCACCGGCACCGCAGCUGCGCUGGCGGCUGCGACUGGGCUUCAAGAAGUACCAUACAGUGGCCUCGAUGGUGCUAGUGGGCUGGCAGUGACGCAGGGCCAUGGGGCAGGCUUGCAGCUGCACAACUUGAACCUCGAGCGGCUGUAUGACGCCCCAGCGCCGCCGACAGCGAUCAUCAAGCCAAAACCUUCGACUGCAGCGCAGCUACCACGCCCUGCUGGUGCGGUGUGCAAGGAGCGUCCCUCUCGCCCGUCGACGCCAGCCCAGUGGCUCGCUUUGCACACCGCCAUGGCCGAGGCACGUGGCUGGAUCACGCCGAUGCAGAUGCUGGAUUACCUGGUCGAGUGCGUACCCACCUUUUUCAUCCCCAUAGAGGAGCUGCGGCCGUCCGACGCCAUCCUGAAGCUCGUUGGCGCACGCACGAGCAUGCGCACGCUGGUUUGUCGGGUCUACAUGUACUUUGUGGAGAGGUCGGAGGAUAAGAUGCAGGUCCGACUGGCGCCGACCGUCAAGCACGCACAGCGCGGAGCAGCCAACGUGCAUUACCCAGAAUGGAUACGGGAGACGGUGGCCGAGCAUGAGCAACGUGACGCCGAUGCAACGCCGAGCGAAGCAUCAGCACCAGCGGACGCCGGCACCGACACCGCCGCCAACCCAGGGGACCGCCAAGGCAGUGCUACUUACCGUACCACCCGAAGCGGCGGUGCUGUGCUGCAGUCCAGUGACACGACGAGGGCCUUCCCGGUGAUGCGUGUGCGAAGGCCAAUCAAAAGCCUCCUUUGCGCGAGAUCGUUCAAGUCUCUCUCCGCUACUGUGAGGGCGACUGCGUCUCCGGAAGCCUUGCCUACUGCUAUGCGACUGAGUUCCCCUGGUAGACAAGCAGAUGCCAGCACAGGUACAAGAGGGAGCUCCAAUCUCACCAUCCACAAAGGCGACGGUGGCGUUAUCGCGUUGUCUUCCGUGCCAACUGGCGAGAUCGGCUACCCCUUUCUGGCGUUGGCCACACAGCCAGCCGACGCGUGGCCGUGGUGGGCGAAGCUGCUGUGCGUGCUGCCAUUUGACACGUACGUGCCGCUGGGCCACCUCUGCAUCCACUACUGUCCUGGCCUCGCGCCCGACCACGUCCAUCGCGCGUGGAGAGCCACGGACGCGUCCCUUCCGCCGACAACAUCAACUGACAACACACACACGCCGAUCCCGCUCUCGUUGCUUCGUGCGCCGACGACAUCUCGCAAGGUGCGAUUGCGUCCCUUCUGGCUCUCACCAGGCUGCACGGCAGAGCUGGAGAGCACGGUGAUGCCGGCAGGCCUCGUGAAGCAGCUGCGCCCAGCGUGGCUGUCGGUCUCCCGUGUGCUAGCCAAGCUCACCCCUGAAGCGCGAGAAGAGAGCUUUGCCUUGGCCCUUCGUCGUCCUUCCGCCGCUGGUCUAUCCGCCGAAGAAGCGCUCGUGAUGGUACUGCGUGACUGCGGCCGUGGCUGCUGGGUGCAAGAGGACGGUGCAAAGGUUCGUCAGUAUGCGGCUUCCAGCGCGCUGGAUGACCACUUCCACGCAUCGCUCUCGCUGCUGUACGGCUUCAGCUCCGCACAUGCGUGGGAGCCACUGCCGACGGUGUUGGACCGCGCGGCAGAGCACGUACGCUCUCUCUUCGCACAUUCACAAGUGCCCCCACUGGCGUCGCCGAACACGGUUGGAUUGAUUGGUAUGCUACGCCAAGCGCCGCCUGCAGAGCUCAAAGCAUUUCUCACGCGGCAUGCGCAGUGGCUGCAAGUGAAGGCGACUGACGGCAGUGAGACGAGCGACGGGGCGGCGGCCCAGCUGCUUGUACGUAGGCGGGCGGCUCUGGUCUCAUUCUGA